UUUCCUCAUGCCGGAACGCCCAGCUUCUGGCCCCGACAGGGCUCCCCCUUGCCCCAAGUGUCUGUCAACACCAUGAUGCCCCUGGGUUGUGUCCCAGGUGGUGCCUCUGGGGACCCCACCAGGAAGUGACACUUUCCAUUUUGCAUCACACCCGUCUGACAAAGUGUCUGGGAGAGGGUUACCAGUGUCCCCGUGGGGUGCAGAGCAAGGGAUCAAAGAAGGGAUGGAAGAGAGGGUCACAUACGCUGAUCUGCGCUUUCCCCCAACACCAGGUCCUCAGCAGCCGGUGCGCCUGCCCUGGUGCUGGGCAGCCCUCAGCCUGGGUCUCCUCUCCCUGGUGCUUCUGCUGGCACAAAUCAUCCUUGUCAGCUUGAGCUUCCACUAUUUAGUACAACAACAGGUGAGCUGCACCCACGAUCUCUGGAGCAUGGAGGAGAGCCCCAGCUAUGGGCAACAGACACUGCGAGCGCAAUGCCAGUUUUGCCCGGUCGGCUGGCUCUGGGAUGCAGGACAGUGCUACUACUUCUCAUCUGCCAAAAAAACCUGGGAGAAAAGCAGAGAGGACUGCUGCUCCAGAGGGGCACAGCUGGUCACCAUCCAAGACAACACUACCCUGGCUUUCCUGAUGCGCACCACCAACACGGAGGUCUUCCAUGUGGGGCUGAAGAAAGAUGGCUUUGCGUCUGACUGGAAGUGGCUGGAUGGCACCACAUUGAAGGGGAUCUUCCUAAUCCAUCGCUACACCAGGUCUUACCAGGCCUGUGGCAGGCUGUCGGGCCUGGGGCUGUCGGGUGGUGUGUGCUCGGAACCCCUUGGAUGGGUCUGCAAGCAGAGUGCAGCCACCCUGCAGUGGCUCCAGUCCUCACCUCCUUCCUUCAUCUGGGGAAACACCACCUACAACUGUGUGAGGCCCUGAUGCCUGUGGGAACCUCCAGCCUGUCCCACCACCAUGUUCCCUGCCUCACUCCAGUUCAUGGGCAUUUGCAGGCACUGACUGCUGCCUCCUGGCUCAGACCUCUUUACUUCCCUGUAACUGCAUUUUGCCAAUAAACUCUGCCAA